AUGGUCACACACCUCCAACCCCUUCCUCUUUCAAGUCCCUUCUCCACUGCCACCCACAGCGGCAUCUCUGAAAGCACAGAAGACCGUGAAUGUGGAGGUCAUGUCUGCCACGGCCGCCAGGGUGGUCUGGGGCGACUUCAAGCCGGCACCGGGGCUCACUCUGCUGGAGUACGAGGUGAAGGCAACCCCCAAACAGCACUUGGGCAGCGCCAAGGCUUUCCCAGAGCAGAGUGUGAUCUUCGAGCACAAAUUUCGGGGCGGUUUCAUCGAGCACGAGCUUCUGAAUUUGUUACCCUUCACCUACUACACCUUCUCAGUGCAGGCCAGGUAUCCCAGGGUGGGGAUGCGCCUGUGGUCCGGGCAACAGGUUUCGGAACCCGUGGUUCUCGAGCCGGCCGUCGCUUACCAGGAGGAUGUCCAGUACGACUUGGAAUAUGCGCAUGUCUUGGGAGACGAUCUCGAUACUUCCGAAAUGCGGGUUGUAAACAGCAUAUGGCGAUCUCCCACCGAGGUAGUCAUGGUGGGCUCCCGCACCCGGACACCGCAGUGGCGCGUGCAUUUACCAGAGCUUCGUGCUUUUCGAGGGGACGUCUUGAAGCUUGCCCUGCUGCAGCGCGUGCGCUUCCGGCUCCGGGCGCGCAUCCCUCCCGAGGGCUCCACCUCACGUUGGUGGUCUUCGAUCAGUCCGCCGGUGUCCACAGGUUUUGCGGGGGCCGAGAGCGUCGCGGGCUCUUUGGUGGCCGAGUCCGGGCGGCUCAGCGUCGAGGUGCGGUUCCAGCUGGACACGCGGCUCUCGGGCGUUGCACCAAACUCCAAGGAGCUCCAACUCCAACGCUCCGAGCUCUUCCAGGCCGAUACUCUUUUUGCUCUCGUGAUUAA